AUGGAGCCAUCCUCCACGGCGGUGAUCGCCCAGAGGACGUGGGAGCUGGAGAACAAUGUGGUCGCCGUGGAAGGGGCGGACGUGGACUUGAUCUACUUCUACGACGAGGCCACGCAGAGCAAGAUGCAGCAGGAGAAGCCGUGGACCAAUGAUCCUCACUUCUUCCGCCGCGUGAAAAUAUCCGCCCUCGCGCUGCUGAAGAUGGUCGUCCAUGCUCGCUCCGGUGGGACGAUUGAGGUGAUGGGUGUGAUGCAGGGGAAGACAGACGGUGACACCUUCAUCGUCAUGGACGCCUUUGCCCUACCGGUCGAAGGCACUGAGACCCGUGUCAACGCCCAGGCCGACGCCUACGAGUACAUGGUCGACUACUCCCAGACCAACAAGCAGGUAAGGAUCCUUUAAACAGUUAAAAAUGAGAAAGAAAUAUGAUACGAGCCUCUCCUGCCUUGGUGGUUUCACUCCCUGCAGAUAAUGUUUUAGCAACCAAGACCUGGUAAGUUUUUUUUUUCCGAAUUAAGGAACUUGGGCUAUUGAAUGGUGGGGGUCCGGGACUCUGGUUUUCUGAAAUGGAGUUUUCUGUUUGAAGAAGAAAAGUGGUUGCCCAAGAAGCAGAAAAAAUCGAAAAACUCAUCGGAAAAACCCUAGCUUGAACACUCCUAGGAGUCAUUUCUUAGGUCAUCUGUUUGCCAAGUCUGGCGCACAAUUACCCAUUUCCAGACAAUUAUGGAGGCUUACAUCUUGAAUGCUGUUCUUGGACGAAGAUAUUUACAUAGGGAAGAUAUCCUGGGUCGUAUAGAAUUCUGUUCACUUGAUUUUUCUCAUCGCGUGACAUUGAAAAUUGAGGGUAUCUUGGAGGUAAAUAUUAUCAGUAUUAUAAUUCCUACAUGUACGGCUUCACCUUAUUCAAAGGUGAUGAAGGGUUCAUCAAAAUGGGAUUUUUCUCGAGAUUAUCUUCAGCUCAUGCUGUCUUCUUCUCGGUUGCGAACUGAUAUGGUGUACAUUGUGUCAACAGCUUGUGAUGCCAUGCAUAAGAAGCCCAGACCCACGUCCUAAAACUCUACAUUCACAUUCUCCUAAGUUUUACUAUACUUUUUUAGAAAAAAAAAAGGUCACGCAGGGAUUGGUAGUAAUGCUUGUGUAGAUGAAUUAACGUUGCCCAUGUUUAUUUGUCGUUGCCCGAUCUAACAUAUUUGGUCGAAUGAUAUUGAGGAAAGCAGCAUUUAUGAAAUUUUAAUUGCUACAAAAACUUCGGAGUCAUCUCGAUACCUUAAAACAUUUGGAGAUGAAUUUGAAUUGGCAGCAUUGGAAGAGGAUUAUGUGCUUUGGAAGUAUCAGAGAUAUGCUUUUCUUCCUGAUGUCUGUUCCAAAGACAGAAGUGGAGCAAGCUAAAGAGUGUUUAUUCAUGAAUGAGCAUCAUAACUAUAUGUUAAUCCUCUAAAGUGUAAAACGCUUCGUUUCCAUGUUGAAUGAAAGUCCAUGCCAUUUGCUACUUUCAUAAAGUGAAAAUAAUAUUUUAAUUUCUCUGUUUGUCACUCCUAAGGAAUUAGCGAACAUCAUAGAGGGCAUUUCCAUUUCAUGUAAGCAUUGACAUUUAUUCUCCUGUAAACAUCAGAGAUCAACCGUUCAGUCUAGUCUUGCAGAAAGUGUAUCCAACUUGAUGCGUACUCUCAUGUUUGUCUUACUUUUGUCUUAUCGAUCUUGACGUCAUUGCCAUAUAUCUUGGUAUAAUAUUCCUCUUGUUUAUAUUAGUUUGUAUUAUUGAUCUUUGCCAUAUAUCUUGGCAUAUUAUUUUCCCUAAUUUUUUAUUUUUAUUUUAUUUUAUCAUUUUGACUCAGCAUCUAAAAUUCACCUCACGGAGUUGGGUUGUCAUAUUAAUGGUGCAUUUUAUCUGGGUUCUGCCCUGGAAAAUAGGCUGGAAGACCGGAGAAUGUGGUCGGUUGGUACCAUUCGCACCCUGGCUAUGGCUGUUGGCUAUCUGGCAUCGAUGUGUCAACUCAGAUGCUUAACCAGCAGUACCAGGAUCCAUUUUUCGCCCUUGUGAUAGAUCCUACAAGAACAGUUUCGGCAGGAAAGGUUGAUAUUGGAGCAUUCAGGACAUAUCCACAGGGAUAUAAACCACCCGAUGAGCCUGUUUCUGAAUACCAAACUAUUCCACUUAAUAAAAUCGAAGACUUCGGCGUUCAUUGCAAACAAGUAAUCUGCUACCUGCGAUUUCCUAUGUGGGUUUUUUUUUCUGAAAUGCGUGUUUUUAACUUAAUGAUACUUCAAUUCAGUAUUAUGCAUUGGACAUUACAUAUUUCAAGUCUUCUCUGGACUGCCAUCUCCUGGAUCUGCUGUGGAACAAGUACUGGGUGAACACACUGUCCUCCUCGCCGCUCCUGGGGAAUAGAGACUAUGUAGCAGGGCAGAUUUCCGAUUUGGGUAAGUCUUAAGGUAGUUGUAUGAUUUUUAAUUUGGGAUUAUUUUAUUUUAUUCUAUGAAACCUGCUCUUAACUUAUUAUAUGCUGGUACAGUACGCUAAGGAUUUUAUUCCUGUAAAACUACCGAACUGAUGCUUGAAGUGUUCAAUUUGCAGCGGAAAAACUGGAGCAAGUAGAGAAUCAGCUAGCUCACACCCGCCUCGGUUUUUUGGUCAUGUCUUCUCAGAAGAAGAAGGAUGUAGGCUCAUUCUCUGCAGCCCAUGAACUAUCUAUUUGCUCCAUGAUCUUGGUCGUAUAUUUCGGUUCUUAUCUCACAAUAAUUUUAGGUUUAUAACAUUACAAACUUCACCGAAUAAUUGGUCCUCUGUCAUUUUCCUUUUUCUGUUUUAGUUUGCUACUUCCUUCCUAAAUAUUCUAUGUCAGUUAGUUGCCAUAGAAGUGGGGGGGGGGGGGGAUUUAGUAGGACAUCAGGUAGGCCCGAAAUCAGUCUUCAGUGUUAUUUUCUUCUUAAAAAAAAAUGUCUACAUUUCUAUGACUUUUCUCUCUCCUACAUCUUAAUGAGACCAUCUCAUUGUUCAUUCUCUGGGGCCUUUCUUUUUCUUUCUGACGUUUCGUUCCUUGCAGGAAGAAUCCCAACUGGCAAAGAUAACGAGAGAUAGUUCGAAGAUCACCGUAGAGCAAGUUCAUGGGCUCAUGUCACAGGUGGGUUUCCCUCUUCACAGCUAAAUCUCUGCUCAUGAUCAGCAUUCUUCACUUAGCAUGUUCCAAUCUCCUUUUCAGGUCAUCAAGGACAUUCUCUUCAAUUCUCCAUUGAAGCCCACUGUAACCAAUCCAAACUCAACGAGCUCCCCCGACCCAGAACCCAUGGUUGAAGCUUGA